GGCAAUUAGUGGCAUUUCUGUGGCGCGCGCUUUGGUGGAUCUGCCGGACGCCUCUGGACUGAGAGAGUUCCCUUUCUGUCUUUCUGUCUUCCCUCAUGUUUCUGGUCAGGAGUUCGUCUGUGUCCCCAAAUUUGCCCUGAGCUCCUUCACGUCUAGUUCGCCAAGGACAGUAUGCUCCUCUCUCCAUUCCUGUCUCUGCGGCUGGAAGCUCAUCUAAAAUCAGUGGUCAGAAGGUGACCACCUCAGUGCUCCAGCCCCGGCGCUGCACGAAUAUGCCUGGACUGCAUGAUGGACUCCAACAGCGCAGAGUCUGGCCAAUAUGUGCCCACCAGCACCCUGGGACCACAAAUUUAUCCACAAUCUUCUCCAUGGCCACUGCUUCAGAGUGUGGAUGACUCCAACGCUUCUUUCUUGCAAGGUGCUGUGAACCUCAGUGCCUAUUAUGGGAUCAACAGUACUGACCCGAAGAUUGAAGGUCACGAGUAUGACCCUUUCGGUGGUCACUCAUUGUGGCAGGUCAUCCUCAUUGUCCUGUUCACAGGACUGCUGUCUCUUAUCACCAUCAUAGGCAACAUUCUGGUCAUGGUUUCUUUUAAGGUCAACCGGCAGCUUAAAACAGUCAACAACUACUUUCUCCUCAGUCUGGCCUUUGCUGACCUCAUCAUCGGGGUCAUCUCCAUGAACCUGUACACUACGUAUAUAGUGAUGGGGCAGUGGGCCAUGGGCAACUGGGCCUGCGAUCUCUGGCUAGCAAUAGACUACGUGGCCAGUAAUGCAUCUGUAAUGAACCUGCUGGUGAUCAGCUUUGAUCGAUACUUCUCUAUUACAAGGCCACUGACGUAUCGUGCCAAGCGUACCACCAAACGGGCAGGAGUGAUGAUCGGACUGGCCUGGCUUGUGUCACUGAUGCUCUGGGCACCAGCAAUCUUGUUCUGGCAAUAUUUUGUGGGAAAGAGGACAGUUCCGCCGGACAAGUGCUACAUCCAGUUUCUGUCCGAACCAAUUAUUACCUUUUGUACAGCCAUGGCAGCCUUUUACCUGCCUGUAACUAUAAUGAGUGUGCUGUACUGGAGGAUUUAUAAAGAGACUGAGAAUCGUUCUCGAGAGCUGGCGGGGCUGCAAGGCUCGGGAGGACGGUUAGUAGGAGGGACUGAGCGGCCGCAUUUCCAUCUCCACGCCACCAGGGGUAGCUCUAGGAGCUGCAGCAGCUUCGAGCUGGGCCGACCCGCCCAAAGACGAAGCUCCUUGCUCACCAGCCGCUUCCGCUGUUGGAAGUGGAGGCCUGGAGGAGCAGGUGCAGGUGGAACCCACAGCGGAGGGGAGGUGGACCAGAGCAGCUGCGACAGCUGGAACAACAAUGACACAGGACUUUCCGCCGAUCAUUCUGGCUCGUCCGACGAAGAGGACAGUGCGCCAUCUGCCGCACGUGCCAUCUUUUCAAUUGUCCUCAAUCUGCCGGGCAUGAGAGCUGCCGUAAAUUCCCAGGUAACAUCCUGCGAAGACUUGGAUGUUGCUUCGGAGGAAGACCCGCUACGAGGGCGCGGAGAUGAUGACGGCAAGGGCGAUAGCCUUUCGCGCUCUGUCACCAAUGGCAACAAGCGCUUUGCCACAAACAUAGCCAAAGUGCAGUCUAUGCCUGCCAUUGAGGCUUCAACCACCAGCAUAGACCCCACCACUGCCACCACCGUAAAGUCCCCUUCUGCACCGAUAUCUUUCAAAGAGGCGGCACUCGCGAAGCGUUUUGCUGCUCGGGCGAGGACGCAGAUCACCAAACGCAAGCGCAUGUCACUAAUUAAAGAGAAGAAAGCAGCCCAGACUCUCAGCGCCAUCCUCUUCGCCUUCAUCAUAACGUGGACGCCUUACAACAUCAUGGUGCUAGUCAACACCUUUUGUAACGGCUGCAUUCCAGAAUCCCUGUGGGCCCUAGGAUACUGGCUGUGCUACGUUAACAGCACCGUAAACCCGAUGUGCUAUGCGCUGUGCAACAAGACCUUCCGUAGCACGUUUAAGAUGAUCCUGCUUUGCCGUUGGGAGGAACAGAGGAGCAAGCAAAGUUUUCUGCAAAGACAGUCGGUCCGUUUCCACAGGAGCAUUCCCAGAGACUCGACAUAGCAGAGCUAGCGUGCGUGCUAAGCUAACAUGGAUGAAACAUGACUAGGUCCAACCUGUGGAUUUAGCCGGUAAAUUGUGGAAUCAUACUGAGGUGGCCCUCUCUUGGAGAUUCCAUAUGGUUCGAGCUUAAUUGUGUCCUAAAGUCAAAUGAUAGCUACAGUUUGAGAACAAACUGUAUGGGUUCUAGGACAGCUGGUGACUUCAGUUCCAUCCUUUU